UUUCACAGUACGCACAGAAUAUACGAACGAGGGGCCGUAAUCACGGUCUUGAUUGUUGACGGUGCAAGGCGGGAGCUAUGGACACUAUGCGACUUGGCAAAGCUAGAAAUCGAGGGCGACGAAGAUACUCGCUGGCCGUCGGAAGCCAUCGCAGGUCAAGCAGACAGGCAGGAGACAAAAGGGUAUGGAUGAAAGAGCGCAGCGUCUUGCAUCUGCCAGAAAGCCCCGCUCGCCGACGACCGGCACUGAACAAGGUAUGUGAGGACGAGCAUGUGCCGAGAAGGGCGCCCUUCCUCCCUUCACUGCGACGGCGAAUCGCACGCAACUUCAUUCCGCCACAUCCUUCAUGGACGACAUCGACGCUAUUCCAUCUAUCUCUUCGGGCACUGUGGGCUCGCGUUUCGUCUCCCAGGCGGAUGUCGAGACCGCUAAAGCGAGACGCGAGGAGCAAUGGCGCGCAGCAUACGCUAGACUCGGGCAAGAGCCCCCUCCUCCGCCGACAGAGGAUGCUUUCGAUGGCCGCAGCCUGGCAGAGAAAUUAGCCGCCAACAGAGCAGCCAAACAAGAAGAAUGGGAGGAGAGGAACAAAUUAGGCAAUCAGUUCCGUGCACUAGAGGAGGACGAGGUUCUGUUCCUCGAUUCCGUCCUGGAGAAGCAACGAGAAGAGGAACGUUUGCGAAAAGAGAUGGAUGGCGAGGAGCUGAAGAACUUCAGAGCUGCGGUGGCAGCCAGGGAAACAGAAUCCAACAAGCCUCCCAUAGUCUCUGCUGCCGAGAUUAUUUCUCCAUCCACUGCUACGGCUAAGAAGGGGCGUCUUGGUCAAGAAGAAACCCAAAGCCGCCGUGACCUCACCACCCGCUGGGCCAGAUAGCAAAGGCAAGGCUGGCUCUAACGGUACGGCAAACGCAAAGCGGAAGGGAGAGGAUCCACCUGAGGUUACUGCCGCUGCGGAACCUACUGCAAAACGACAGAAAGUAUCUGAGUCUUCUAGCUGACUUCAAGUCUGCCUGUCGCCCUG